UUCUUCAUCACCAACUACUAGAGAGAAGAAGAGGAAGAAGAAGACGACGACUUUGAAGAACUGAUUUCAUCUUCGUUCUCCAAAUCUCUCUCUCGAUGGGUUGCGGUGGAACUCUGUUCUACCCACUUCUGAUAACACUCUCCGUUGCUCUCAUCACUUACAACAUCAUCAUCUCCGCUAAUGCUCCUCUCAAGCAAGGUUUCCCCGGGCGAUCUUCUUCUUCUUACUCCUACUCCGACGAUAUCUCCGGUGAUCCAGUCAUCGAAUUGCCACGUGGAGGAUCCAGAAUCCGCGGGAACGAGAGGAAGAGGAGGCUGUUCCACACGGCCGUGACGGCUUCUGACUCCGUCUACAACACGUGGCAAUGCAGAGUUAUGUACUACUGGUUCAAAAAGGUUAAGGAUUCCGCUGGACCCGGCUCUGAGAUGGGUGGGUUUACCCGGAUCUUGCAUUCCGGUAAACCGGAUAAGUAUAUGGAUGAGAUUCCUACUUUCGUUGCUCAACCUUUACCCUCUGGGAUGGAUCAGGGUUAUGUAGUACUAAACAGGCCUUGGGCAUUUGUACAGUGGCUUCAACAAACUGACAUUAAAGAAGAUUAUAUUCUGAUGUCUGAGCCUGAUCACAUAAUUGUCAAACCUAUACCAAACUUAGCUAAAGAUGGGCUUGGAGCUGCGUUUCCUUUCUUUUACAUCGAACCGAAAAAGUAUGAGAAAGUGUUGAGGAAGUAUUAUCCAGAAGAGAGAGGACCUGUGACCAACAUCGACCCGAUAGGAAACUCUCCUGUCAUUGUGGGAAAGGAAGCUUUGAAGAAGAUUGCUCCAACUUGGAUGAAUGUUUCUUUGGCUAUGAAGAAGGAUCCUGAAGCAGACAAGGCUUUUGGAUGGGUUCUUGAAAUGUAUGCUUAUGCUGUCUCGUCUGCACUUCACGGUGUUAGCAAUAUUCUACACAAAGACUUCAUGAUUCAGCCUCCAUGGGAUACAGAGGUUGGUGACAAGUACAUAAUACACUACACUUAUGGAUGUGACUUUGAUAUGAAGGGUCACCUAACCUAUGGGAAGAAAGGGGAAUGGAGAUUUGACAAAAGAUCGUAUGAUAGCUCACCACCGCCUAGAAACCUUACAAUGCCACCACCUGGUGUUCCACAGAGUGUGGUAACAUUAGUGAAGAUGGUGAACGAAGCCACGGCAAACAUUCCAAACUGGGGAUCAUAGAGAGGGAUCGAGAGAGAGAGAGGAACAGUUUAUAUUUAAUAGAUAUCUAUCUAUAUAUGUUGCCCAUUUCUCUUCAAACAUACAUUGUGGCUUCGUUUGUAAAAAUAUAUAGCUUUUUUAAACAAACCUUCUCUGCUGUUUCUACUA